UCCGUGUCGUCUCACUCUCUCGCACACACUCUGCCGGCCAGUCUCUUUCUAGAUUUAUUCCCAGCACCAGGAAUUAUUUCCUGAGGUGAGGUUUGUGCUUGAAGCGUUCAGUUCCGGAGUGCCCAGCAGAGAGCCGGAGGCAGCGGCAUCUGGCAAAAGAAAGAGAGAAAGGAAAGCGCUGCAGAUCGGGAAGGAAAGAGAGCAGGAAUGCAAAGAAUCUGAGGCGAAUAAGAGGCUGCUUGGUUCGCCGUACUUCUGCUCAUCGCCUGACGCCUUUCCAGUCCAGCCUCGCACAAGUUGGAUCAGAGAAUGGUUCAUUUUAAAGCUUAGGAAAAUCAAUAGAGGUUAACAAAUCAAAUAUCUUAAGGGGAAAAUUGCAUUCCCUUCUGAAGGCUAAGUCAGCUCCUAUUGCUGACACACCAGUAUGGGCAGACGCUAUCCUGGAGUUUCUUAUUAUCCACACAACUCACUGAUGCUCUUGCUGGUCGCAAACCCACAGUUGAUGCAGCAAAAAGGACAACUUGAUGAAGCUGUGCAAAAAUACAAUCAAGACAGGAAUUGAAGAAUAUCUCAACACUUGAUAUCAGAUUAUAACCUAUAUCCAGAUAUCUCCAUUGUUGAAGUCCCCCCCCCGUGAUUCAUGUCUGAACUGCUUCCAGUUGAGUCCUCCAUGGAGAUCAUGUCUGUAUAUGUGGCUACAAAUGGCAGCACGACAGAUGUGGUGAAUCGGAAUGCCCAUGCAACACCCCCCAACUCUCUCAGUCUACGUUCCUCUCACAAUGAACUGCUCAAUAUUGAGGUAAAGCAUACUGAGGUCAAGAACAACACACCACCUAAAUGUCGCAAGAAGUAUGCCAUGACUAGUAUUCAGAGUGCCAUGGGUCUGAGUGAACCAUCAGCACAACCCUUAUUGAGUGGCAAUUCAUCCUCUUCCACCGCCAACUCUUCCACAUCUGCAAACCCUAAACUAGCCAAAAAUGGGGAAAACCAGCUGCGCAAAGCAGCUGAGCAGGAUAUGAACAAAAAUCUUACCACAACUUCAACAGGUAGUGGUCGCAACAUAAUCUCAGAGAAACUAGAGGGCAAGGAGACCAAAGCACAGGAACCUCCCUUUUCUGGAUCAGUUCAACCUAGGAGAACCAAGAGCUUCCUUAAUUACUAUGGCAGCAGUGAUGGGUCUGCUGGGGAGGAAGAACCCUUACUUGUGGAAGAGUUAUCCAACAAGAUCAAGGAACCUCCUGCCUCCGAUGUAUUGCUGAAUGGUGACUUCUUGCCCAGUAAAAAUCAGAAUAGGCCAUCUAGUCCAGAGGAAAGCCAGAUGUCCUGUGCUUCCUCCAGCCCAGAAACUAAAAAGGAUCAUCCUAAAACGGGGGCAAAAACGGACUGUGCACUCAACCGAAUCCAAAAUUUGGCACACAGUGAUGAAGACUCCAGCUGGACAACCCUGUCCCAGGACAGUGCCUCUCCAAGCUCACCAGAGGAAGCAGCAGAUAUAUGGAGUGACCAGUCCUUUCAAACAGACCCAGACCUUCCCCCAGGCUGGAAGAAGAUCAAUGAUAUUGCUGGCAUUUAUUACUGGCACAUACCAACUGGAACAACACAAUGGGAACGCCCUGUUUCUGUAUCAGCUGACAUAAAGGGGUCUCGAAAGGGUUCACUUAGUUCAAUCACCCCAUCAUCCACUCCAGAAAAUGAGGAGAUUACACAGAAUGAGGUCUUUUUAGCUCCUGGAAACCAUCUCAUGAAUGCGACGCUUGAUGAUUCAGUGGAGCAGAUUGCCACAUCAUCAUCUGAUGACACAGUGCCAUCAUGUGGCUUUGUCAAUAGCUGUUACUUUAAACAGCCUUGGAGUGAUUUUGCUCUUCUGAAUGGGGGCAAGAUUGAUAGUGAGAUUUGGAAGGAUCUGCAAGCAGCUACAGUAAAUCCAGAUCCUAGCCUGAAGGAGUUUGAAGGAGCCACCCUACGUUAUGCUUCUUUAAAACUUCGAAAUGGGCCCCAGUCUGAUGAUGAAGAUGCGUCUAGCGUUGAUAGUGACCCAGAAGCUAAGUGUUUUGCUGUUCGUUCUCUGGGCUGGGUGGAGAUGGCAGAAGAGGACCUGGCUCCUGGAAAAAGCAGUGUUGCUGUGAAUAACUGCAUCCGACAGCUGUCCUACUGCAAGAAUGACAUUCGCGAUACAGUUGGCAUCUGGGGAGAGGGAAAGGACAUGUACCUAGUACUUGAGAACAAUAUGCUAAAUUUGGUUGAUCCUAUGGGUCGCUCCAUUCUGCAUUCUCAGCCCAUUGUAAGCAUCCGAGUAUGGGGAGUUGGUCGAGACAAUGGAAGAGAGAGGGACUUUGCUUAUGUGGCCAGAGACAAAGACACCCGCAUAUUAAAAUGUCAUGUGUUCCGAUGUGACACACCAGCAAAGGCGAUUGCAACCAGUCUUCACGAAAUCUGUUCCAAGAUUAUGGCAGAACGUAAGAAUGCAAAGGCUGUAGCAGGCAGCUCUUUGCAAGACAGAAUUAAUGUGGGCCUGGAUGUCCCCUUGCAAGACUUUCCAACUCCAAAGACAGAGUUGGUACAGAAAUUCCAUGUGCAUUAUUUGGGAAUGCAGCCUGUGACCAGACCUGUAGGUAAGAAGACAGGUAUGGAUAUAUUAAAUGGAGCAAUAGAAAGCCUCAUGUCUUCCUCCAACAAAGACAACUGGACACCAGUUAUUAUGAAUGUGGCUGAUGCCACUGUUACUGUUAUAAAGGAAAAGACUGAAGAGGAGGAGGAGGAAGUGCUGGUAGAAUGCCGAGUCCGUUUUCUUUCUUUCAUGGGAGUUGGAAAGGAUAUCCACACUUUUGCCUUCGUCAUGGACUCUGGAAGCCAGCAUUUUGAGUGUCAUGUAUUCUGGUGUGACCCUAAUGCUGGAAAUGUCUCUGAAGCCGUACAGGCUGCCUGCAUGUUGCGGUACCAGAAGUGCUUAGUCGCCAGACCUCCUUCACAGAAAGCUCGAUCUGCCGCUCCUCCUACGGACUCUGUGACAAGACGUGUCACAACUAGCGUUAAACGGGGAGUGUUGUCCCUCAUUGACACUUUGAAACAAAAGAGGCCUGUAGCGGAACUUCCUCAGUAAUCCACUGUUGCCUGGCUAAGAGAAGGAACCAUUGAACUCCCAUGUACAGUAGAAGUUUGUGAGGAAUUCACGACUCAACGGUCACACAACAGUACUCGGCUUUCCUCUCACUCGUCGCCAGCUCUCUGUCUCCAGUGCUUUCUCUUGCUUAAUGUACAACACGCAUGUUCUAACAUUCUAAUCAUCAAAUGUGACGCAUGAAUUCUUUUAUUUCUUUUUUUUUUUUUUUUUGUUUGAGUGUUGAAGAACACUGAAGAUUAAGGCCCUCUUACUGUCCAUUUUUUAGCUGAGUGUGGUCUGUGUGUUGAUACGCCUUCCAGACCACUGCAGUUUCAGAAAGAUCAGACUGGUGCCUGCCUCACACAGUACUGUCCCAGGAGCUCUUUGCAUAUCAGUAAAAGUGUAUUAAUGCUUAUAACUUUGUACAUCUUCAGAAAUGUUGCACUUUUACAUUAGAUUGCUGAAGCAAUGAAACUGCAUUUUAUUUGUGCUGUCAGUACACUUUGUUAUGUAUUCCUCCGGUAUAAAGUGCUAAGUUAACUUCAUGCACUGGGGUGGAAAUCGUUUACUUGGUAGGCUGUCAACCAUAAAAGCAUUUCAGAGGAGAGAUUAGUCAAGUAACAGCUUGACUGAAAUUUGAAAUAAUACAACAGCCUUAUGCGUAAUCCUUCUUGAAGUGCUUUGGGAAGGUGACCACAAAUUCAGAGAGUCCUUAGAAGAAGGUUGAGGAAGAGCUGCGCAAACUUUUCAUCGCUCCAAAAGUGGGAGUCUGUAAUGUAGCUAAAGGCAGAUUAAGCAUCCUCUAGGUGAAAGAUGGAGUAAUGUGAUGAAGUGGUCUUUUAAAAGUCGUUUAUAGAAGAGUAGUCUUUAUUUUUAUUUUAUUAUUUUUUUUUUUUUGUAAAAUGCCUCUAAUAUACAACACACAAGUAAUUGUACUGUCCAUUACUACUCUGUCCACUGUCAUUGUAUAGACAAUGCAAUCUUUAAACUGGCUAACAUGCUACCAUUGUGACACACACACCACUUCCAGUCAGAUCCACGCCUCCAGUUUGUGAAGUGGGCUCCAGUCCUCCAAAGCAGUGGCCCACUUGGAAACAGCCGCAAGAGCGUUACUGCCCUCAAGGACACAAAUUGGCUGGCAUGUCAGCCAAGUGCUGAGCAAACCUAAUUGUAAAUAAUUUAUAUUAAUAACGACAACAAUUUGGAGUAUAAUCCAUGCCAAACGUUACUGUAUGUACAUUUGAUCACUUUCAGAAGCUGCUGUUUAUUUUUUUUUUAUUUUUCUUUUUUGAAGUGGGGAGCUCCAUAUGUUCUUGUUAAACAUUUUACUCUUGUCAUGGCCAAAGCAUAACAUUUUGAUGUCUCUGUGAUGGACUGAACAAAAAACGCAAAUGAAGAAUUCUUAUUUUCUGUGCUUAGGCCAAUUAGUUGUAGCGAGACUACAGUUACCCAAGCAUUAUCUAUGCAUUCUUUAUAUCUAGCAGCUCUCAAAGCAGACAGCCAUGUCACUUUGCAUUGCAUGUCCCGUGAAAAUUUUAAAUUCGUAAGAGAAAUAUUUUUUAUUUUAUUUAUUCUAUUUUAUAUUGAAGUAUAACAGGUUAUUAUUAUUAUUAUUAUUAUUAUUAUGUUGACUCGUUAUAAUUACUGUGUGCUCUUUUCUCUAUCUCAAAAUGUAUCUAGCACUAUUUGCUCUGUAUACUAAUUGUAUUAGUCAGGCUAAAAUGCAGACUUAACACAGGAAACGACAAACUGUACAUAUCUGUCAAAGUGAGCCAAAGUGUUGCUGCAGAGAGCGCCUGCAGUGAACUGACUAGUAUCCGUGACAAGCAGAGAGUAAAUUCACUCUUUUUCGAUUACAAUAAAACACCUGCCGAAUAUCCCGGUGUACUUGACGCUCCGUGUCAAAGCAGCUGAGUAUUGCAUUUGAUCAACUACCAAUUACAGCUUACCUUGUUCUGGGGAAUGAUAACGUUGUCCUUAAAUUACUGUUGAUGAUCUUGUUAGUUAUAAAAAAUAAAUAAACACAUAAAUAAAUGCAUGAAGGGAUUGUAGUCCUAGGAAUGUAUGUGUGUAUGCUUGUGUGAGUGAGUGUGUGUUUGAAAGAGAGAUAGCAGAAUUCGUAUGACUGUGUUCAAGGCUUUUUAAUGGUCAUUUUGGUUCUCAUUUAUUGGGAAUGGGAGUGGGAGUGGGGCGGGGGUGGGGACGUUAAAGAAAAUAUAAAAGUAAGCUCUUGGAAUAAUAUAUUUGAAUUGGGAAUUUAUUGAGAAUUUAUUUAUGCUUUUAACAUCACAGCAUUCUUCUGUUUCCAAAUGGAUAUAACUAUCCCGAAAUCGAUUUGAAAGCAAACUGAGCUUCUAUGAAAAUUCAAACAUUCCUAUAUUCACACUUCUUUUUCUAACAGCACAUCCACAAGCUCUAGUACCAAUACUUGACUAAAAUACCUUGCAGUCUUUAAACCUGUGGUGACUCUCCAUCUUACUUCUGCUGUGUUCUUGAUUUAGUCCAAUUCCUGCUCUCUUGAGUAGUAUUGAAGUGCACCUGCUAUACAGUAAACAAGUUGGUUUCUUCUGCUGUUCACUAAUUUUACACCAUAUUAAUGUAAGCUGUUGUGAGAAUAAAAUGCAUAUAAAAAUAAU